GCAAUAGUUCAGAAAUGCUUACAACGUGAGCAAAAACCUUAGGUCAGACCAAUUUCAAGGGUUGGCUGGAAGCAAACAUCUGAUAUAAUUGUGACCUGGGCUUCUCACUUGCAAACCAUCACAAGAGGUUUUUCCUUUGUGACCCAACCAGUAAGAGAUCUGGGGUGAUGUCUGUUCCUUGAUGUGCUGCGUUCAGACUCAACGAAAGCGCCGUGGAGGAGCAGUUAAUUCUAGGCAAGCUCGGAAACGAAACAGGCUUGUGGCUUCUACAACAGAAAUGGCUUCAGAAGCAGAGCCAAUAGAACUUGAAGAAAGUGCUGGUGAAGAAGUGGUCGAUCUGACAUGUGAAUCUUCUGAUCUUGUAGUCGUCGAUCUAACUCACAGUGAUUCUGUUGUGGUAAGUAGGGAAUGGCCCAUUUAUCUAAAUCUUGUGGCCAGGUGAAUUUUGUAUUGUGCUCCCUGAUAGAUUUAAGGGUAAGUUUUAGUUCAACGUUGACUCGCCAGUGCAUGGAAGCCAUGCGUUACAGGUCAACGCUGAAGCUGCUCUAGAGGCACACUCGCAGAACUUGCGGAGAAUAUGUACCGGUGCUGGGUAUUGUAACAUAAGAUGUCAUUUUAAGUUGAAGCUAUGCUAGAUCUAUC